AUGAGUAUACCUAACCUUUCAGUAGCUUCACUUUUUCCUAAGGUGCUUACCACUGGACUAUAUAUUUGGACCUAUUAUGUGACAGUAACCAGGGUAACGGUAUUACCGUAUAACUUCAUGUUUUCAGUAGUUACUACCCUCGCAACAUUAGCCCUCUAUACGUAUUUUAAAGUAAUUAACGUUGGUCCAGGUUCUCCUUUAGAUUUCCAGGAUUUAUCUAUUAGAGAUUUACAUAAUGUGGAACUCGGAACGGAAUUACCACCAGAGUAUUUAACACAAAAAUCAGUCACAAUUAAGCACGAUGGUAGAUUUCGAGUAUGUCAAACUUGUAAACACUGGAAACCAGAUCGUUGUCACCAUUGUUCCUCUUGUGAACGAUGUAUUUUAAAGAUGGAUCAUCAUUGUCCUUGGUUUGCUGAAUGCAUUGGAUUUUCAAACCAAAAAUUCUUUAUUCAGUUUCUACUUUAUACUACAUUUUAUUCGACAUUUAUAUUAAUUAUAACCUCAACACAAUUGUAUAGAUGGUUUCAUUCGGGAAAAUACGCAGAAGAAUAUAUUAAUAUUAGAGUAUUGCAAAUUUGGUUACUGUCAAUCGCGGUAACAACAUCAAUGUUUGUAUUCUCUUGGUUUACGAUAAAUCAAUUAUUAAAGAAUCAGACGACCAUCGAGAUGUACGGACAACGUAGAUAUAGAAGGGAAUUCGAGAUUAGACAUGGUAUGCUACCAGCAAGUGAUAUAAACAUGUUUGACUUAGGCUCGAGCUCAGCUAAUUGGAAAGAAGUGAUGGGUAAUUCUUUCAUAGAAUGGAUCUUACCGAUUAAACCAUUCAAAAGCCAAAGAAGUAGGCAUACCUUAGAUGAACACGGUCUUUAUUUUAAUGUACAUAACUCACCAGCCACUCAGGCAUUACUAGAUGAUUCCUAUCUACAGGACCGACUCACGAGAAGAGUCACACCCAGGUCAUCCUUAGAUAUAUAUGAUAAUCAAUCAUAA